UGGAAAUCCGUGUUAUUUCCGACGCCAGCUGCUGGUCGCUCGCCCCGCUGGUCGCCAUGAGCGCGUGCAGCAGGAAGGCCCUGACUCUGCUGAGCAGCGUCUUUGCAAUCAGCGGCUUGGGGCUGCUGGGAGUGGCGGUGAGCACAGACUACUGGCUGUACCUGGAGGAGGGCGUCAUUAUGCCUCUGAAUCAGAGCACCGACAUCAAGACCUCGCUGCACUCGGGCCUCUGGAGAGUCUGCUUUCUGGCCGGUGACGAGUCGGGCCGCUGCUUCACCAUCGAGUACAUCAUGCCCAUGAACGUCCAGCUGACGUCAGAGUCCACGGUGAACGUGCUCAAGAUGAUCCGCUCGGCGACUCCCUUCCCUCUGGUGAGCCUCUUCUUCAUGUUCAUCGGUUUUGUCCUCAACAACAUCGGGCACGUCCGUCCUCACCGCACCAUCCUGGCCUUUGUGUCUGGGAUCUUCUUCAUCCUCUCAGGUCUGGCUCUGGUCGUGGGCCUGGUGCUCUACAUCUCCACUAUAAAUGAUGAAAUGCUCAACCGGACCAAGAGCAGCGAGGCCUAUUUCUCUUAUAAGUAUGGCUGGUCGUUUGCCUUCGCCGCCCUCUCCUUUCUGCUCACCGAGAGCGCCGGCGUCAUGUCGGUGUACCUCUUCAUGAAGCGCUACACGGCAGAAGAGCUCUACCAGCCCCGUCACCCCAAUUUUUACCGCCCCCGCCUCAGCAACUGCUCCGACCACUCGGGUCAGUUCCUGCACCCGGAGGCCUGGUCGCGCGGCCGCAGCCCCUCGGACAUUUCCAGCGAAGCCUCCCUGCAGAUGAGCGCCAGCUACCCCGCCCUGCUGAAGUGUCCGGACUACGACCAGGUGUCGUCCUCGCCCUGCUGAGGAGGCCGAGUCCAGUGCAUGAAAAGAUCACGGAAAGGUCAAAAGGUCGGCCGA